AUGGGAUGGCAUGUACACGAUAUCCCGCAGAGCAUCUGGACGACACUGAAGACAGACACGGUGAAGGAAGAUUAUAUCGCGAAAUCAAUUGCACAUAUGUACAUGGACGCCCAAUUCAUCCACAAACCAAGCUGGAUGCAGCCCUACCAUGCUGAGGUGUAA